UCUCUCUCUUUCUUUUCUCUCCGCUGCUUCUCUCUCUUUCUCUCUCUCGCAUCCCUCUAACCUUUCAACCAUUAAAAUUCUUUCCGAUCGUCGAUCGGAAAUUUCCGAAACGAAUUCGACGUCGAUCUGUCUCUCUCUCUUUCUUACGUUUCUUUCGUUUAUUCUUUUUCUCUCUAUCUAUCUAUCUAUCUAUCUCUCUCGUCGAUUCUUCUCGCGAAUUCCAUUCUUCCAUUCCAUUCUCUUUUGUUCAGUUGUGCGCCUCCCCCGUGUGAUACACAUAGACACACACAUACACACACACACGUAUACACGUACACAGGACACACGACAUUUUUCCUCUCUAUCUCGCUUUUUUCUUUUUUCUCCAUCUCGCACUCUCCUCGCCCGACGAAACCCCGCGUAACCCCAAGUCGGUCAGUCGUGUUACUCAUGAUCCAACCGGCGACCAGGUAGUAUCGCUGAUUAUGCGCGACAUGAGCACCACCGCCAUCGUAGUGUUUUACGAGCGUCAUGUAAAAUGGAAUUAAACAAUGUUGUUAAGACGUAAACAUGUUUUGGCUACACUGUGGACUCUUUGUUCUCGUGAUUGCCGUACCUGGAUUUAUUAGCAGCGCCGACAGCACGUCCAAGCGAGAAGCAGACUACACUUUAGAUGAUUCCUUCUGGAACGAAGAAACUUCCGUUGGUGAGGCCGAACGAUUACUACAAGAAUAUCGACAAAACCAAGAGCUAGUACAAAAUAUCGGGGCCCAUUACUAUCAGAUCAUCUAUCCAGUACAGUUACGGCAUCACGAGAAAAUGGGGAUAUCCACAAGAGAAGUGAGCGUAUCCAAGUUUCCUCAAAGAGGAUACGGAGAGGGUGGAUAUCAGAAUGUUAAAGGCAGAAUGAGAACGGGGAGACAUUUUCAUCGGACGUCCCUCUUGAUCAAGGCCUUUAAUCAUAAAUUUCGCCUAGAUUUAGAAUUAAAUACGCAACUUUUAGCUCCGAAUCUUGUGCAAAAAGACUUUUUAACCGUCGGUGCGGAACAAACUUCUAAACAGGAGAUAGAGCACUGUUACUAUCACGGUACCGUGAGGGAUUAUCCAGGAGCUAGCGCUGCUUUUCACACGUGUAACGGUGUCAGCGGUGUCAUUCAUUUAGGCAACGAGACAUUUGUCAUUCAUCCAUUUUACGGCGGCGAUUUGUCGCAGAAACAUCCUCACGUUAUAUUUGAAGCUCGAACAAAGGCUAACAAAGGCUGCGCUAACUCGGGAAAUCUUGAGUGGCGUGUAAAGAACCGCCGGCAGAAGCAUGUUCUGGGGCUAUCGGAGACCACUUCCGAUCGAUACAAGAGAGACGUCCGUGAAACAACCAAAUACAUCGAAACUGCCAUCAUUAUCGAUAAGGCUAUGUUCGAGAAGAGGAACGGUAGCACCAGAGCGGAGGUUGUUCACGAUGCCAUCCAAGUCGCUAAUAUCGCGGAUAUGUAUUUCCGCACGUUAAAUACUAGAGUCUCCGUCAUAUACAUCGAAACCUGGCAGGGCAUAAACCAGGCGGAAAUCGCGACGGGCAUGGAUAUCGAUCUCGCUUUGCUCAAUUUAAACGAUUACAUGAUGCGAACGAUGUUCCGUGUUCCUCGUGAUACCACUCAAUUACUCACGGGUGAAACGUUCGCCGGUGGAGAAUCAGGGGUUGCCAUACCUUCAACUAUCUGCAAACAAAAAUCCGUAGGAAUCAGCGUCGAUUUGAAUACAUACGAGCCUCAUCUUUUAGCCGGUACUAUGGCUCAUAUGAUCGGCCACAAUAUAGGAAUGAGCCAUGACGAUGGAAGGAGCGAAUGUAUCUGCCGCGAAUGGCACGGAUGCAUCAUGGCUCAAUCGAUCGUUGGAUUGGAGAACGUUCAGCCGUACACGUUUUCCGAAUGUAGUAAAACAGAUUACAUAGAGGUGUUAAGAAGCGGAAACGGCUUUUGUCUUUUAAAUAAACCAAACGAGGUCGAAGUGAGGAGAUCUUGCGGAAACAGGGUAAUCGACGAGGGAGAGCAAUGUGAUUGCGGAUCGAUCGAGGAGUGUCACGAGUACGACCCCUGCUGCGAUCCGAUCACCUGCAGACUCACCUCCGAAGCGCAAUGCGCGACCGGUCCUUGCUGCAGCGAUUGUAAGCUGCUCGCGCGUGGCGUCGUGUGCCGGGAAUCGACCAACGAAUGCGAUCUUCCGGAGGUGUGCACCGGCGAGACCGGCCAAUGCCCGACGGACGUCUACAAGAAGAACGGGAAUCCUUGCUCCAACAACGACGGGUAUUGUUAUAACGGCGUCUGCCCGGCGUUGAAUCUCCAAUGCGAGCAGAUAUGGGGAUACGGUGGCGUUGCCGCGGACCAACAGUGCUUCGAGCAAUUCAACUCGAAGGGAUCGCUGAGCGGACACUGCGGCACCGACUCCUCCGGUCAUUACAUCAAAUGCGAGCUAGAGAACGUUCGUUGCGGAUCGUUACAGUGUCAACAAGGUAGAAAACUGCCAACGGUAGCGGGGAUAGAUCACUCUAGAACUAUAAUUUCGAUAAAAGGCGAGGAAUACGAAUGCAAAUCCACGACUGGAAAGGUGGAAGGAUCCGAAAUGCCAGGCAUGGGAUUGGUUCGCGAUGGAACAUCCUGCGGGGACAACUUGAUUUGCGUGAACCAAACGUGCAUGAGCCUUUAUCCGCUCAUAGGCAACGAACGGUGUCCUAGCAAUCACAACAAUCACGAGUGCUCGGGAAAUGGAGUGUGCACGAAUUUGAACAAUUGUUAUUGCAACCUUGGAUGGAGUGGACCAGAUUGCUCCAUAGAGCAGGAUAUCCCGACUCGUCCGCCGAUAACAUCUAGCACCGAAGCGGCCGGUAAAAAUGGUACAGAUACUAAAUUAGUGAAAAAAGAGACCCCCUACGAGAACUACCACGGCUCUAACACUGUAUUUUUAGUUGGUGUGCUCAUGUCGGUGGUAGGGGGUGUUUUCAUAGUAUUUGCUCUGAUGGCUCUCUGCUACAGGUCAGUCGUAGUACAUAAAAACUACUCCCUCUGUCUCAGAAGGAAGAGCACCGUCCAGAAGUACGACCAACCGUACGUGAAGAAACCGCCGCAGAGGGGUUACAGCGGCGUAUCCGGUAAUCAUCAUCCGGGACACGCAGUACUGGACAACGUGAACAACAAGAUCCUCACGUUCAGCAGUAUGCCCAAUUGCAGCCGCGGCGAGACCCAGCGCGUGGUGUUUCGACCCCCGAAUAACGUCGCCACCGCAGACGGGCCAAGAGUCAAGGAGCAUAAGUCGCAGGUGAAGAGGCCAGGUAUGAGCGAGGAAGAUGGAGAUACAGGAGCGGACGAGGUUGUCUCUUUCAUCGAUUUGCCGAACAACCUCACAAAGUUGCCCGAGAAAGGAAUUUUAAAGAAACACGGUGGUUAUGGUAUGGGAGGAGGGGCGGUAGCCAGCGUGGAACGCACUUUGGAUCAACUGAACGGUUACCACGAGCAUAUUAUCGAGGCGUUGAGGAUGGCCGCGAAUCAACGCGAGACAUCUGGAACAACAUCCGCUCCAAUGGAUGACGAGGCCUUGACGGAACCUCUGACCGAAUUGUUAACGGAACCUCUGCCAGAAUGUUAUCCCACGGAUUCGUAUCGCAAAGACAUCAUAAAGCAUAUCGACAACCAAGCGGACGAGGAGUACGAGGAAUACGUGCCGUCGUGCGGUGUGAUUCGUAUACGAAAUCUGGAGGAUUUGAUCAAACAGCUGGAACGGCACUCGGCGCGCAACAGAAGUCCAAGCGGAUCCGAGGACAUGAGGAUGUCCGAGAGCGAGGCAGAUCGUCCCUACAGAAAAGAUUCGUCCGUUUGUAGCGAGUCUUCCCAAGGAAGCAGAAGAUGUAGCCGCGGCCGUGACGAUACCUACGGUAGAUAUUGUCAACCAUCGUCUCGAAGUCCUUACGGGACCCAUCAGCACACUCAACACUCCCAUCAAAUGUACAAGGAGGAGGGUAUCUAUGCAACUGCCGACCCUGACAGAGGCUCAAAUACUAGGGGUGAAACGCCCGAUAGUGAAAGUGAUGCAUUUAUUCAAGCUCAACAACUAGCCCGACGGACUAGUGAGGACGGAGUGCAACACCGGCCACCACAGCAGCCGCCGCCGCCGCCGCCACCGCCGCCACCUGCAAUGACUGGUAGCACGGUGCAGUUGCUGCAAUUGCAUCAUUCUCAACGAGAACAUCGUCAACAACCGCAGCAGCAGCAUCAUUGCCACCAUCACGCGCAGCAGUCGCAGCCUCAGCAGCAGCAGCAGCCGCAGCCGUCGUCGCAACAGCAACAUCAACGUCAACAACAACAACAACAGCAGCAGCAGCAGCAGCAGCAGCAACAACAACAACACCAACUGCCGGUGGAACAACUGCCAAUACAGCAGCGCGGCUAUUAUCCAUCCCCACCCUACACUGAUAACGGUCUCGAAAACGACGAGACUGAAAAUGCUCAAUCCCACCAACAACAAAAGCUCCCCGACGUUCGUGGAAUCGAUGUUAAUCACUUGCCUAAUAUUAACAAAUGCCCACUAGACGAUAAUUUUAGUCUAGAUUGUAACAUAAAUAAUGGUUCCCCUAAAGAAUUAAAUACCAACAACACUAGUGAUAACGAAAAUACUGCCCUACUGCCCCCUUCGCAUUUUCCUGAGUACAAGCAUUGAUAAUUAUUAAUCGAUGACAGAUAGUGUCCAUAAAACAUAGUGGUGUGAUUUAAUCUUGAACUCGCAUUUUAUACUGAAUAGUGUAAAUAACGAUAAACUAUUGAUCGCAACAUCAACAACAACAAAAACAACGUCAAACAGGUAUUAAAUUAUAUGAAUUAAAAUAAUCUAUAUGAAAUGUUUAUUAAUAAACAUUAGUAAAGCGAUUUACUCGAAGAAAGAA